UUCUGUUCAAUAAAACGAACCCUAGCCUACCCAGCGUUUCUUUGUCCUCUCAACUACGCAUGAACCAACCCCGACCCAUGUCAGUUUCCCUCGCUGAUUAGAACUCGUUGUAGACACGCCGAAGGGUCUUUCUUCUUUCUUGGUCUGAUUGCUGGCUUCUCGAUCACUUGUGGAUCGAUCAAUGGAAACGGCAGAAAUGGGUCUUGUGGAAUUGUUCGGCUAUGACAAAGAAUUAAGUUUAAUUCCUCCCCAGUAUUUUCGGAUAAUUGGAGUUGGCAAGAUGAUGAACGCGAGGACAUGACGGAAGAGGAAUACUGCUCCUACAGGGAUCAAGUUUUGAAGACUGAAGGCUUUGAUGUUGACCGCAUUCCUGGCGUCUCUUGUUUUCACCAAAUUCAGCCUUACAACGUGGACAAAAAGACUUGGGAUUACGAAGGAUAUUCGCGGCUUGCAAUCGAGGAAUACAACUUUCGCUUCAAGGAUGCAAAUGCAGGGUUGGAGUUUGUGAAGGUGCUGAAGGCAAUGGGUCAGGCUGCCAACGCAAUGAGGUUUUAUUUAACCCUUGAGGCUAGGGAUCUUGCUGAUGGAGGCAAGACUAAGAUCUAUCAAGCUGUGGUAUUAUCGGGGGUAACUAAGGAUACAGUGUCAUCCUUUAGGCUAAAACCUGCUGAAGAUGAGAAAGGCCUCUUGCCCUCUGAUAAUUUUUUUCACGAUCCACAAACAAUUGAUAUUUUCCAAUCAUUGUCUCCAACCUCUUUGCAGUCAGAUCUUCAAAAACUUUGGGUAGUUAAGGUUGCAGUCAUAGAAAAGAAUGGUUUUGGGAAGAUCAUCUUUGCAAUGGUCUGAUAUGUUGAGUUUGACCAGAAGACUUUUCAGGGGUGUCAAGUUCACGGAGUUUAGAUGGUUGUUAUGCUAAAUGCAAAGACAAUUUUUUAGUGUUUACGUAGUCGUUGGAAUGUUGGUAUAAAUAUUGGUUGCUUGGUUUUGUUUGCAAGACUGGUUUAAUCCUAUGUGGGUAGUUGCAAUGUAUGAAGUAAUUUAAAUCUAUAUUCUAACAUUUCA